AUGUCGCACGAUAAAUACUCUACUCCAUUGUCCUCGAGAUAUGCUUCCGAGGAAAUGUCUAAGAUUUUCUCCUUGAGAAACAGAUUUUCCACCUGGAGAAAGUUGUGGUUGAACUUGGCCAUUGCUGAAAAGCAAGUUGGCCUCAGUGUCAUCACCGAUGAGGCCAUUGAGCAAAUGGAAAAGCACCUUGAAAUCACCGAUGAGGAAAUUGCUGCUGCUUCUGUUGAAGAAGCCAAAGUCAGACACGAUGUCAUGGCUCAUGUCCACGUCUUCGGAGACACAUGCCCUGCAGCUGCCGGUAUCAUCCACUUGGGUGCUACUUCGUGCUACGUUACAGAUAAUGCUGACUUGAUUUUCUUGAGAGACGCUUACGAUAUUUUGAUUCCAAAGUUGGUUAAUGUCAUCGACAGAUUGUCUAAGUUUGCCAUGGAAUACAAGGACUUGCCCGUUUUGGGCUGGACCCAUUUCCAACCAGCUCAGUUGACCACUGUUGGUAAGAGAGCCACUUUGUGGAUCCAGGAAUUGUUGUGGGAUUUGAGAAACAUGGUUAGAGCAAGAAACGACAUUGGAUUGAGAGGUGUCAAAGGUACCACAGGAACUCAGGCCUCUUUCUUGUCUCUUUUCCACGGUGACCACGACAAGGUUGAGUUGUUGGACGAGACUGUUGUUAAAUUGUUGGGCUUUGAGCAUGUUUACCCUGUCACUGGCCAAACUUACUCUAGAAAGAUUGACAUUGAUGUUUUGAGUCCAUUAGCCUCUUUGGGUGCUACUUGUCACAAGUUCGCUACCGAUGUCCGUCUUUUGGCAAACUUGAAGGAAAUGGAAGAACCAUUUGAAAAAUCCCAAAUUGGUUCAUCUGCCAUGGCUUACAAGAGAAACCCAAUGAGAUGCGAAAGAGUGUGCUCUUUGUCCAGACACUUGGGUGGUUUGUUGAAUGAUGCCAUCCAAACCGCUUCCGUGCAAUGGUUCGAAAGAACUUUGGACGACUCGGCCAUUCGUCGUAUUUCGCUUCCGUCUGCAUUCUUGACUGCCGACAUUUUGUUGUCUACUUUGACCAAUAUCACCUCGGGCUUGGUUGUUUACCCUAAGGUUAUCGAGAGAAGAAUCAAGGGUGAGUUGCCAUUCAUGGCCACUGAAAACAUCAUUAUGGCCAUGGUGGAAAAGGGUGCUUCCAGACAGGACUGCCACGAGGAAAUCCGUGUCUUGUCUCACCAAGCCUCGGCUGUGGUGAAGCAGGAAGGAGGAGACAACGACUUGAUUGAGCGUGUGAAGAAGACUGAGUACUUCAAGCCAAUUUGGGGCGAAUUGGAUGCUCUCUUGGACCCAUCUACGUUUGUGGGUCGUGCUCCUCAACAGACAGAGAAGUUUAUCAAGAAGGAUGUUGCCCAAGCGUUGGAGCCAUUCCAACACAUGAUCCACAGCGAAGAUGUUUCGUUGAACGUUUGA